AUGGCGGACAAGUUUGAUAAUGGUAGUGAAGAUUUUAAAAGAAAUUCUAAUCCAGGGAACGAUCAUGAACAAGAUGGCGAGGAGGCUUCCAAAUUGAAUGAAAAAGCCGGUGAAUACAUGAGGGAUCUUUUAAGCGAGAAAAUAAAACUUCCGACUAAUAAGUUUCCAGUUUCGUGUCGUCUUAUUGAUCAAGAAGUUGAAAGACUUCAAGCUUCUGGCAGAAUACCUCUUAGAGACAAUAAGUAUGUGGAUGUAUUCCGUGAAAAACCUGUCAAGGUUACAGUCAAAGUUCUGGUUCCUAUUAAGGAACAUCCAAAGUUUAAUUUUGUGGGAAAGCUGCUUGGACCAAAAGGAAACACAAUGAAACAGUUGCAAGAAGAGACAAUGUGUAAAAUGGCUAUACUUGGUCGGGGCUCUAUGCGGGAUAGGAACAAGGAAGAAGAACUUCGCAACUCCCUGGACCCCAAAUAUGCUCACCUCUCUGAUGAGUUGCAUGUUGAAGUAUCAGCAUUGGCUCCACCUGCGGAGGCACAUGCAAGAAUUGCGUAUGCACUUGCAGAAGUCAAAAAGUACUUGAUCGCAGAUGGCCCUGACAUGAUGCGUCCACCAAUGCGUGAAAUGAUGGACAGAGAUCCAGGCUCUCUAAGAGCCCCUCUACUUCAAUUGCCAGAACACUCGCAGGCAGCUAAGGCAGUUGUAUACAGUGCACGCACCCUUACAAAUCGUUCAGUAUCUUAUCAAGGUCCCGUGACUCAAGGAGCACCUCCACCCAUGUCUCGUCCGCCAGCGCAGCGAAUGCCGCCGGCGCGUUCCAUGGCUCCGGCCAAGACCAAGGUCUUUAGCAUUUUGGACCGAGCUCGCAACGCCAUGGAGAGCUCUUAUGGAUACGACGACUAUUCCAUGCAGGAACCCAGUCGUCCACCGCCGCCGAACCGACAGGCACCGGAGUCCGAUUUCUACUACGAGAGAGGCGGAGGUUCCGAUCAAUACUACGAAGAAGACAACUACUAUAAGAGCGAAGAGCCGCGCGAGUACAAAGCGUCGGCUCGCGACGUGGGCACUCGGAGGUCGGGUCCUCCCGCCACGAGGAACUACAAUAGGCCCGCGCCUUAUCAGCGACAGCAGAAGACCCAUAAGAAACAUUCGCAAUAA